GGACUCAGUUACGCUCCAUAUAUCUUCACCCGUUUCCCUGCCUUCCCAAUCCUUCUCGCUCCUCCAUCCUUCCUGCAAAUCCUUGCCUACAACCCAAGCUUGGCUAAUAUUUAAAACUGGUAGAGGCCAUGAGGAAUUCGGUUUUAGCAGAGGAAUAUUGGUGAAGAAUAGGUGCAGAAGGGGCCAAGUGAGGGCUGGAUGUAGGCAUUUUAAUGGGCUUUAGAGGGUUGGAUGAACCAAAGGUUUCCGAGGUUGUAGAGAACCUAUGGUGUAUAGGUUAUGGAUGGGAUUUAUCUUUGAGAGAUAUGCAGAUGGCCCAGAAAUGGCACAGGAUCUUGAAGUUGUGAAAUGAUUAGUAGAGCAGGACCUAUAAUAUUACGAGAAGAAGGAUGUCAAUGAUCUAGUUUCAAAUGUCAAAGAGUUAUAAGGAAGAAAUAAAGAUGCUAAAUAUGAUAAAGAAUUGGAUGAAUAUACUUAGAGUGAAAGCAAGAACAAGAGAGUUGAUACAAUAUUAGAAAAUUCUAUAGCAAGGAAAUCAUUAAAUAGAGUGUAGAUGCCAAACUUGCAAAAUCUCAGGACCUCCUUUAAGUCAAGAUGAACCCUCAAAAUUCAAGAAGGACUCCAGAAAUCUGUG